AUGGCCAGCUCAUCGAUGCUUCGGCUGGCGUCGCUGCUCUCCAUCGUUGCGGCGCUGCACCUUUCGCGCCCUCCACAGCACCGCGCAACGCGCCUGCGCGCGGUGCCCGUCGCGGACCCCUUCGCGGCGACGGACACGCGCCCGAUCGUGCUCUACGACGGCGUCUGCCGGAUGUGCAACUUCUGGGUCGACUGGGUCCUCGCCAACGACCGCGAGAAGGCGGUGCGCUUCUGCGCGCUCCAGUCCGACGUCGGGCGCGCGCUGCUCGAGCGGUCCGGCCGGCGGCCCGACGACAUCUCGUCGAUCGUGCUCGUCACCGCCGACGGCGCGCACGUCAAGUCCGACGCGGUCUUCGAGAUCGGCCGGCGCCUGCGCGUCACGACGCCCCUCUCGACCCUCGGCCAGGCCGUGAUCCCGAAGGCCGUCGCCGACGCGGCCUACGACGCCAUCGCCGACAACCGCUACAACAUCGCGGGCAAGCGGCCGCCGCGCUUCACCGACGCCAAGGACGCGGACCGGUUCCUCGGCGACACCAUGGUCAACUGGGAAACAUGCGUGACCGACCCCACGGACUCGUCCGGCACGCCGUACCUCACGCACAUGCCCCGGGAGUACUUCGGCGAGGACUCCUUCUUCGGCGGCAAGGCCCCCCUCAGCCAGGCGUCCGGGUGGAUCAUCGUCGUCGGCAUGGGCGUGGGCAUGACGCUCCUCGCGGUGCUCCUCACGUACCUCGAGGUCACGUUCAACCGCUCGGGCAAGGUCUCGUCCGAGUUCUUCAACACCGCGGGCCGCUCCGUCAAGACGGGCCUCACGGCGUCGGUCAUCGUCUCCCAGUGGACCUGGGCGGCGACGCUCCUCCAGUCGUCCAACGUCGCGUGGAACUUCGGCGUGUCCGGCCCGUUCUGGUACGCGUCCGGCGCGACGAUCCAGGUGCUCCUCUUCGGCAUCCUCGCGAUCGAGAUCAAGCGCAAGUGCCCCACGGCCCACACCAUGGUCGAGAUCGUCCGGGCCCGCUGGCCCGGCGCCCACUACACCUUCCUCUUCUUCGGCUUCUCCGCGAACCUCAUCGUGACGUCGAUGCUCAUCCUCGGCGGCGCGGCGACGAUCAACGCGCUCUGCGGCAUGCACACCAUCGUCGCGUCCUUCCUCAUCCCCAUCUCCGUGAUCCCCUACACCAUGUACGGCGGCCUCAAGUCCACGUUCCUCGCGUCCUACAUCCACACGUCGAUCAUCUUCGUCGUGCUCCUCAUGAUGAUCUACACGAUCUACGUGUCCAAGUUCUCCAGCGACCUCAUCUGGGAGAUGCUCAAGAAGACGACGUCCUACUCCGUGAGCGACUGCAAACACAUCUUCUCCGAGGACUUCGACGGCUUCUCGUCGCCGAGCUUCAACCCGGACGCCGCCGACCCCGCCGACAUCUUCCCCGAGCUCUUCCUCUACGCCGAGGAGGACGGCGACCUCACGGACUGCCUCGAGGACGACCCCCCCACGUGCACGAAGCUCUUCGCCUGCGGCGGCGUCGACGGCAACGCGGGCGUCGACGCGGACAGCGGCUCGUACCUCACGAUGAUCUCGCUCCAGGGCCUCAUGUUCGGCGUCAUCAACAUCGUCGGCAACUUCGGCACGGUCUUCUGCGACCAGUCCUACUGGCAGUCCGCCAUCGCCGCCAAGCCCGCCGCCGCCCACAAGGGCUACAUGCUCGGCGGCAUGGUCUGGUUCGCGAUCCCCUUCUCGCUCGCGUCGUCGCUCGGCCUCGCGGCGACGGCGAUCCAGCUCCCCAUCUCCAAGGAGGAGGCGGGCAACGGCCUCGUGCCCCCGGCCGUCGCCGUCCACCUCCUCGGCGCCGGCGGCGGCUGGGCCAUCGCCAUCAUGCUCUUCAUGGCCAUCAUCUCGACGGGCUCCGCCGAGGCGAUCGCCGUGUCGUCGCUCGUGUCCUACGACGUCUACAAGCCCUUCUUCAACCCGGCCUGCACGGGCGAGGACAUCGUGCGCAUCUCGCGCAUCGUCAUCCCCCUCUACUGCUGCUUCUCCGGCGUCCUCGCGACGUGCCUCUGGUACAUCGGCAUCGGCCUCGGCUGGGUCUACGGCUUCAUGGGCAUCCACAUCGGCUGCGCGGUCGUGCCCGUCUGGUGGUGCCUCACGAACCCGCUCAUCUCGGAGAAGGGCGCCAUCGCCGGCGCCUGGUCCGGCUGCGUCGCGGGCUACGUCGCGUGGCUCGUCACGGCGACGGCCUUGGGCGACCCGCUCGACAAGGACGGCCUCGGCACGCUCGAGUCCAUGCUCGCGGGCAACGUCUGCUCCAUCGUCGUGUCCGGCAUGGUGUGCUACGCCAUCUCCGCCAUGAACCCCCAGAACUACGACUUCAAGUCGAUGAAGGCGAUCGAGCUCCUCGACAACGACCAGAGCGGCCUCGACCCCGACGAGCUCUCCGAGGCCAAGCUCCUCCCGGCCCUCAACUGGAUCAAGAAGUUCGGCUGGGGCGUGUCCUUCGUGCUCUGCGUCCUCUGGCCCGCGCUCUCGACGCCCGCGGGCACGUUCUCCAAGACGUACUUCUCGUUCUGGAUCUUCAUCGUCAUCGCCUGGGGCUUCUUCGCGUCCGUCGUCAUCAUCGGCCUGCCCAUCGUCGAGUCCUGGGAGGACAUCUCCACCAUCACCAAGGCCCUCACGGGCGUCAACGUCGGCCUCCCGGAGACGAACCUCCACGAGAAGGCCGCCAAGGAGGAGUCCGCCUAGGCGCUCCCGCGCCUACCUCGAGCUCGACCACCCCGGCCCCCCGCCUUCCGCACACCACGGCCAGCACGUCCUCCGCGCCGACGACACGUCGGCGCAGCCCCUGGCUGCCCCCGCGCGCCGCCGCCCCUCCGGGCCGCCGCAGCGCUCCCCCUCCGCCCGCCGCCGCGCUCUCGUGAAGCUCGACCCCCUGCACAUCCCCCGCCGGUGCCACAGCCGUGUCCAGCCUCGGCUGUGACACCACCCGCGAUCGCGGAAAGCCUCGGCCGGUUCGACUACGAACGACCGACCGCCCGCGCGACGCUGAUCUCAUGCUAACUUGUAUAAUAAUAAU